AUGUCGGAUAAAGCCAGCACCGUGAAAAGCCUCGCAGAACUUAUAUCCAGUUACUCUGAGUCCUACAACCAGAAACAAGGCUUGGGUGCGAGUACUGAGCAUGAAUCAUCAGCGAUCUCUGCGGCUUGUAGGGACCUCGGUGCGUUGGUGACUGCUCCUGAGAAUUGGGUGAACACAGUCGCGGGGUCAUACAAUAACAGCGCUGCCAUCUGUUUGGCGCUUGAUCUCGAAAUCCCAAGGUUGCUUUCACAGAAUCGCUCAGCUUCUCUCGACGCUUUGAUAGAAGCGACGGGAGCUGCACCGUCGCUACUGCGAAGUGUCAUGACACUGUGCGUUGAGAACCGGAUUUUGGACGAGCCUUCGAAGGAGACAUAUGCAUUGAAUGGAAAAUCAACAUGUUUGUUGAACGAGAACUUUCGCGCAUGGAUACACUACCUUGUCGACGACGGCCUGAAAAUGGGAUCUUAUCUCUCUGUUUACGCCCAAAAAAACUCUUUUAAAAUCCCGGAUGGGAAGCACAAAACGGCAUUUGAGAUGGCCUUUCAGACGUCCGAGACCUUUUAUGAGUACUACCACUCUACUGACAAGGAGCGAGGCCGGCGUUUUGACAGCGCAAUGGAGAGGUAUUUUCACCGGUCCACGCAGGCUCCGAUUGAAGACAUUUUCAAUUUCGACAACUUACGUCCCGGCGCUACUCUGGUAGACGUUGGAGGUGGUAGAGGCCACCAUUCUAUCCGCCUUGCGAUGCAGUUUCCUCGGAUUUCGUUCACUGUCCAGGACUUCAUGUGUAAGAAGCCAACAAUAAUAGAGGAGCCAGCAAUUGCAGAAGCAAUGUCGAGAGUUACCUGGCAGCAGCAUGACUUUUUUGAGAAACAACCGGUCAGAGGAGCCAGUCUCUAUUUACUCAGCCACAUCCUUAUGGAUCACACAGAUAGGUUCGCCAGAGGAUUCGUUGUGUUCUGCACGUGGAACAUCAAUAUGCUGACAGAUCUUAGUGAGUGCCGGAAGAUCAUCCAGCAUCUUGCGGAAGCUAUGACACCGAGCAAAUCAGUUUUGUUAGUGGACGACUUUCUGGAUCCUGGCAAGAAUGGCACGCUAUAUUCCAAGGCAAAUAUUCUCAACUUACAUCUGAUAGCGGCUUUUGGACGGCCAUUCCGAACAAUGGAAGAGUGGGAAAAGCUUUUCUCUUCCUGCUUAGUUCCGCUUUCCAUAAGACAGGUUUCGUCGCUCGACAACGGAAGGGUAGUGUUCCAGUUACAGCGAGAAGUAGUGUAACUGCUUAGAGCCAGGGCGGAAGUAGAUGACCAAGGAUUGUGUUUUUUUAAUGCUUCUGACAACCGA